UGUCCAUCUUUGACUCUCCUUCCUUCUUCUUCCACCUAAACAAACAGGACUCCACCACCACCAUUUCUUCUUCAUUCCCAAUUCUCACUUUUUAUUCUUUUCUCUAAAUUAAAUAAAUAUUUCCAUCAAUUUUUGUAACAAUUUUGAAACAAGUAUAUUUAAAAGCUGUAAUUGUAGUGCAAGUAAAUACAAACGUUGGAUGAUAUAUAAUAAUAAGAAAGAGUAUUGUUAUGUGAGCUUAAGUUAUAAUUAUAAUGAACGCCGGAGGAGAUAACUGCGGCGGCGUCUGGUGGCCGUGCUGUCGUGUGUUUUUCUCAUGGAAUGGCAGAUCUUCUUCCUGUUAGCUACGAUCCUCACAUUCACCAGGCAUUAAUAGUUCUGAAGAAGGGUGCUCAGUUACUCAAAUACGGUCGCAAGGGGAAGCCCAAGUUUUGUCCAUUUAGACUUUCCCAUGAUGAAUCGUCUAUAAUUUGGAUCUCUAGCAGUGGUGAAAGGAGCUUGAAAUUAGCAUCUGUCACUAGAAUUAUUCCUGGACAAAGAACUGCUGUCUUUCAACGUUUUCUGCGUCCCGAUAAGGACUAUCUUUCAUUUUCUCUCAUAUACAACAAUGGCAAACGAUCUCUUGAUUUGAUUUGCAAGGACAAAGUUGAGGCUGACGUCUGGAUAGCAGGCCUCAAAGCACUGAUUUCAUCUUUCCAAGGAGGGCGUUCCAAAAUUGAUGGGUGGAGUGAUGGUGGCCUUUAUCUUGAUGAUAACAAAGAUUUAGCAUCUAACAGCGCAAGCGAUAGUUCUAUUAGUGCUCCUCGUGAUUUUAGUUCCCCAGAUAUUUCUGUCAGAUCAAACACAACCACUUCUCCCAACAGUCACCCUCCAGGGACUUCCACCAAUUUUGAGAGGUUGCAUGCAGUUUUGGACCAAGCAAGUAUGCAGCUAAAGGGUUCGAAUUCCGAUGCAUUUAGGGUUAGUGUUUCUAGUGCACCUAGUACUUCUAGUCAUGGGUCGGGUCCUGAUGACUGUGAUGCUUUAGGGGAUGUGUAUAUAUGGGGUGAGGUAAUAUGCGAAAACGUUGUCAAAUUGGGCCCAGACAGAAAUGUGAAUCAUUCAAGUACUAGAGCUGAUGUGCUUGUGCCUCGUCCCUUAGAAUCCAAUGUGGUUUUGGAUGUUAACCACAUAGCAUGUGGUGUAAGGCAUGCUGCCUUAGUAACUAGGCAAGGUGAGCUCUUCACAUGGGGCGAGGAAUCAGGAGGCCGGCUCGGCCAUGGUGUUGGGAAAGACGUGACUCAGCCUCGUCUAGUUGAAUCCUUGGCGAUUUCCAAUGUCGAUUUUGUUGCGUGUGGUGAGUUUCACACUUGUGCGGUUACAUCAUCUGGCGAGAUGUAUACAUGGGGUGAUGGCACACAUAAUGUUGGGCUUCUUGGUCAUGGGACAGAUGUUAGUCACUGGAUACCUAAAAGAAUUUCUGGUUUUCUUGAAGGACUUCACGUUUCUUCAGUAUCUUGCGGCCCAUGGCAUACUGCUUUAAUAACGUCAACUGGUCAGCUCUUUACUUUCGGUGACGGGACUUUUGGUGUCUUGGGCCAUGGGGAUAGGGAAAAUGUUUUCUAUCCAAAAGAGGUAGAGUCUCUUUCGGGUUUGAGGACGGUUGCGGUUGCAUGUGGAGUAUGGCACAUGGCUGCUGUAGUCGAUGUUAUUGUCACACAGUUGAGUUCAACUGUUUCUUCUGGAAAACUCUUCACAUGGGGUGACGGUGACAAAAACCGUCUCGGCCAUGGUGACAAAGAGCCUCGACUUAAACCCACAUGUGUGCCCGCACUCAUUGAUUACAAUUUUAGCAAAGUUGCAUGUGGGCAUAGCUUGACUGUCGCUUUGACCACAUCUGGACAUGUUUAUACAAUGGGUAGUACAGUUUAUGGUCAACUUGGAAAUCCUCAAUGUGACGGAAAAGUACCUUGUUUAAUAGAGGGUAAAAUGGUCAAUUCGUUGGUUGAAGAAAUUGCAUGUGGUGCAUAUCAUGUGGCAGUGUUGACAUCAACAAACGAGGUAUAUACAUGGGGAAAAGGAGCUAACGGGAGGUUAGGUCAUGGAGAUGUUGAAGAUCGGAAAACACCAACGUUUGUUGAACCUCUAAAAGAUCGACAUGUUAAGUAUAUAUGUUGUGGUUCAAACUACACGGCUGCAAUAUGUGUUCAUAAAUGGGUCUCGGGUGCUGAGCAAUCUCAGUGCUCAUCUUGUAGGCAAGCUUUCGGGUUCACUAGAAAGAGACACAAUUGUUAUAACUGUGGACUUGUGCAUUGCCAUUCCUGCAGUUCAAAGAAAGCACCUCGAGCUGCCCUGGCCCCUAAUCCUGGAAAACCGUACCGCGUAUGUGAUUCGUGUUUUACAAAGUUGAGUAAGAUGGCUGAAACCGGGAUCAAUAGCAGACGGAAUGUAAAACCCCGUUUAUCGGGUGAGAACAAGGAUAGGCUAGAUAAAAGUGAGCUAAAGUUAGCGAAGUCAGGGACCUCCAAUCAAGAUUUAAUAAAACUUUUAGAUAGCAAAGCCUCUAAACAAGGGAAGAAAGGCGAUGCUUUUCUUGGUCGAUCAUCUCAAACCCCAUCAUUAUUACAGCUUAAAGAUGUGUUGUAUACCGUCGGUGAUUUUCGCCGAACGACUCCUAAGCCGGUUAAUAUACAGUCUGGUGUUAGCUCCAGGUCUGUGUCACCAUUCUCAAGAAAAUCAAGCCCUCCACGUUCAGCAACACCUGUUCCUACAACAUCAGGGCUUUCUUUUUCCAAAGGGGUUGAUAGUUUGAAGAAAACAAACGAGCUUUUGAAUCAAGAAGUCCUUAAAUUGCGUGGGCAGGUUGACAUCCUAAAACAACAAUGUGAUAUUCAAGAAUCGGAGCUUUAUAAAUCAAGAAAAAAAGCUCAGGAAGCUGUGGUAUUGGCUGCUGAAGAAUCGGCUAAAUGUAAAGCUGCAAAAGAUGCGAUAAAGUCUUUGACGGCUCAGCUCAAGGAUAUGGCAGAGAGAUUGCCCCCCGGGUCCUCUGAGUCUAAAAGCAUUGUGUCAGCAUUUGGCUUGGAGCAAAACGAUCUUAUUCAUUAUGCGGAUGUAAAUGGAGAUGAUAAGUCUUUAUCAAAUGGAUCAUUGGGUCUAGCUGAAGGACUUGCAAGAACCGCUAAAACUGAGGAUCAUAUGCCGUAUAGUAAUCGUAACCCAGAAUCCAGGACCUCUAACAGGAACGUUGAGUAUCCUAGUGGAGUAGGGGUGAAGGUGAAAAUCAAUGACUAUGCACCAGCGGCUGUUGAAAGCAAUGAUUCUACUCCUCAAGAUGAGAAGAAUGGUUUUAAACCCAGGACCCCUGCCUCUGUCGCUGCUACUACAACGGCUCUGUCUGCAAGUAUUACUAAUCAAGAAUGGAUUGAACAAUAUGAGCCCGGCGUGUACAUAACCCUUUUGGCUCUGCAUGAUGGAACUAGAGAUCUCAAAAGAGUGCGCUUCAGCCGAAGAAGAUUUGGGGAGCAUCAAGCGGAGACAUGGUGGUCAGAAAAUCGUGAACAAGUUUAUGAAAGAUAUAAUGUGCGUGGAUCAAGCAAGUCAUCGGUCUCUUCAACAACUACUGCCCGGAGGUCCGCUGAAUCCAUAGCACCACCCGUCAAGUUUUGAAUCAUCACCUCAGCAACAUCUAGCCAUAUAAUUGUUAAUCCCUAGCAAACGAAAGAUAGUUAUCCAACUUCUUCCCCUAACCAAUUCUUUAGUUUCUAUAUAUAUUAUUCUUGUAAUUUAUAUGUAGUGGGGGUCCAGAAUUGAUUUUUAUUAAAUUAGGUACUUUUCCCUUACCCAUUUAUUAGGAUCCAACUAGUUGUGUAAGGUAAUGUGAACCGAAACGGCAGUAUGGGUGUGUGAAAUCUUGCCCAGGUCGACAGAAUGGAAGAACCAGGACUAGACUAGAACCAACUAUAUUUGGUUCUUUUAAACAAAUUUGAAUAGUUAAAUUUUUUCGUUUUGUCA